GAUGUUUUUUUUUCCAAAGGGGCGUAUUUUUCAAGCCAUCUUGACUGAAUAUUUAGCCUCAUCCAGGAAACAUUAAUUUGAUAUCUUCGGGAUUUUGCUACCCUUAAGUUUUGAAUCAGCACCGUUUGAAAGGUUUAAACCAUACCUACGAAACCGGGUCCGAUUUGUGUGUUUGACCGAAGUCACAGCGAAGAACUAAAGUGCUGAAGAUGACGCUGUCGCUCCUGAAUUUACCGGCUAGCUAAGCUAACGGCUAGCAUGUCCGCCUUGGUUGUAGUCUGUCACUAGCUGACAUUUAGCUAGGUGCAGUUAUUCUGUUUGGCACUCGCACUGCAGGGGACGAUUUUACAAGGGAGCUGGUGUAAACUCCCAUGCGGAAGCUGAGGAGGUGGGAAUGUGAGACAGUUGUAAGCGGACUCAACAUGGGUAGGGGCCGAGGCAGAGGUCGAGGAAGGGGCAGGGGAUCGUCAGGCCAGCUGCGGCCCCCCUCGCCCUACAGACUGCAGCUGUCUCCAUCCAGGGAGACUUUGACGUAUGCUCAGGCACAGAAAAUAGUGGAAGUGGACCUAGAAGGAAGGCUCCAUCGGAUUAACAUCACGGAUCCUCUGCCAGUUAUUACUGAGGACGAGAUGAUGGCCCAGGACAUUGCUGAGUGCAACAGCAACAAGGAGAACAGUGAACAAACCCAGAGUAAAACCAGAUCGUGGAGGAAACCCUCAAACAGUAAAAGCAGAAGGAGUGGUAAAAAUAUGUCUCACCAGAACCAACGGUCUGGCUCCCAGCAGCACACAGGACCAACUAAUUCCCUCCAGCAACCGUCACACCAAAUCCCUCUACCUGAGCCCAUCUUUCGUGUGCUGAGUUCAGUUUGCCCCUCAGAGGCGCCUGCUCUCCCAACAGCGUACUACCGUUUCAUAGAAAAAUCAAUGGAGGAACAGGACAGUGUGGCUGAGUACGACAUGGACGAGGAGGACCUGGCCUGGCUGGAGAUGGUUAACCAAAAGAGAGUGUCUGACGGCCAUGCCUCCGUAUCUGCAGACACGUUUGAGCUGCUGAUCGACCGCCUGGAGAGGGAAUCCAUCCUGGAGUCCCGCAGCCAGGCUCUGUCCCAAAGUGCAGUGGACGAGGAUGCUUUCUGCUGCGUCUGCCUGGAUGACGAAUGUCUGAACAGUAAUGUCAUCCUCUUCUGUGACAUCUGCAAUCUGGCCGUCCACCAGGAGUGUUACGGUGUGCCCUACGUACCUGAGGGUCAGUGGCUGUGUCGCUGCUGCCUGCAGUCCCCCUCCCGCCCUGUAGACUGUGUGCUCUGUCCCAACCGAGGAGGUGCCUUCAAACAGACAAGUGAUGGACGCUGGGCCCACGUUGUCUGUGCCAUAUGGAUCCCGGAGGUGUGCUUUGCCAACACAGUGUUUUUGGAGCCUGUUGAGGGGGUCAAGAACAUCCCUCCUGCUCGCUGGAAGCUCACCUGCUACCUGUGUAAGCAGAAAGGCAGAGGUGCAUCCAUUCAGUGCCACAAAGCCAACUGUUACAGGGCCUUUCAUGUCACCUGUGCCCAGAAGGCCGGACUGUUUAUGAAGAUAGACCCAGUCCGGGAGACGGGCGUCAACGGUAGCACCUUUUCUGUGAGGAAGACUGCUUUCUGUGAGCAUCAUUCUCCAGUGGGGUCUCGGCGGGACGGGUCUAGAGACGAUUCGGUUGAAGGGAGACUGGUGGGGGGCAGGGGUAACCGGGGCCAAAGGUCCUACACUCAAAGCCCUCCACCACCACCACCAAACAAGAAGGCUACCAAGGGCCAGAAGAAGAAGAAUACGAAGGGGUCUGGUGGGUCAACACGUCGCUCAACUGUGCCUGUGCUGCUCGUGCCUCAGAUCCCCUCUCACAGGCUGAACAAGAUCUGCACAGGAGUGGAAGUCCAGAGGAAGAAUCAGUUCAUGCAGAGGCUUCAUAACUACUGGUUACUGAAACGACAGUCAAGAAAUGGGAUGCCUUUAAUACGCCGACUGCAUUCCCAUCUACAGGCCCACAGGACUGCAGAGCAGAGGGAGCCUGAUGAGAAGCUGUGUGCUGCAAGAGAGGAGCUACGAUACUGGCAAAAGUUGAGGCAAGAUCUGGAAAGAGCCAGGCUUUUGGUGGAACUCAUCCGCAAGAGAGAGAGGCUAAAGAGAGAACAGAUGAAAAUUCAGCAGGCUGCUCUUGAGUUGAAGUUGACCCCUGCGUUGGUGCUUCUGCGAUCCACCUUGGACCAACUGCAGGAGAAGGACACAGCAAAAAUCUUCUUUCAGCCUGUCAAUCUAUCAGAGGUCCCAGAUUAUCUAGAGUUUAUUUCCCAACCCAUGGACUUCUCCACCAUGUGUACCAAACUGGAGGGACAUGCCUACUGCUCCAUCGCGGACCUAGAGAAGGACUUUAACCUAAUGAUCUCCAACUGCCUCAAAUACAACUCCAAGGACACCAUGUUUCACAAGACAGCCUUACAACUCCGGGAGGUGGGUGGAGCCGUUCUCCGCCACGCCCACAGGCAGUCUCAGAGCAUCGGCCUGGACCCCAGCACCGGCAUGCAUCUCCCAGAGUCUCCGAACAAACAUGGCUUCUACAACUGUACGUGGGAAGACGUCGACUCGGUUUUGGACCCCGAGAACAGACUGCACUUAACCACAGACGAACAGCUAAAGGCCUUACUGGACAAACUGGACAUGGUUGCAUCCAUGCGCACCAGUGGCGGUCGAACCAAACGCAUUAGGCUGCUGCGCCGAGAGAUCAACACUCUCAGACAGAAGAUGAACCAGCAGCAGCAAAACUCUCAGUCUGUGAAUGGUAAUGACAAGGAGGACGAAGGAAAAGAGGAGGAGGAGGAGGAGGAGGAGGACGAGAAGGAAAAGAAAAAGAAGACAAACGUUGAUAAUGGACCUUUGACAGCAGUGUCAAACUCUGGGACAGAUGACUCUCCACCUGUGCUGGAACUCACCGGCCCAGUUUCUUCGCCACUGCCAGGAGAUGCUCCCCUCGAACCUCCUGUCCUGGGCAUCGUACCUGGAGGGCGAAGGUCUCCCGGGCGCUCCUACAAGCGCCAGAGGUCAUCCCGCAGUGGAAGCAAAAGCCAAGGUGAAGAUGAGGCUGAAGUUGGUGAAACACCAUCUUCACAAUCGGAGGCUGUUCACGAGGUUACUCCGCUGGGAACACCCCCGACUCUGCCUUUGGUUGGAGUUGGUCGUCGUACAUCUGUUCUGUUUAAGAAAGCUAAGAAUGGCGCGAGGACAGUAAAAAACAAGUCCCCACCGCAACAGAACGGUAAAACGGCUGAGGGUAAAACAAACGGUUUGGACAGCACCCCUGCCAGCCCAAAUUCACCCAGUGUGACCAACAUCAUCACCUUACCUCCCACUCCAAACGCUUCCCCUACACCCCCCUCUCCUUCCUCACACCACCUGAGGUCCAGAGGCCCCAGCUCCGAAAGUGAAGGAGAGAAACUCCCUCCACCACCCAGAGAAGGAGGCCUGACAAAUGGAAAGCACACCUCUGCAAACCAUGAUGACGACGACCAAAAGUUAACUGUCUCCCCACCCAAACGAAGUCGUGGUAAACCUGCAUUGGCAAAAGUUCCUAGCAGUGAGAAUGGAGACAUCUGUGGGGCUGGACAGUCUACACUUCUGUCUUUAGAUAGGGAGACUGAGCUUGGACCUCUGGACCUAGUUUGGGCCAAAUGCAGAGGAUAUCCAUCAUACCCAGCAAUGAUUGUUGACCCAGACAUGCCCCAGGAAGGGCUUCUUCACAACGGCAUCCCCAUUCCAGUGCCUCCCGUGGAGGUGCUCAAACUGGGCGAAUGGAGAGAAACGGAAGAAGGCGAAAAGCUCUUCUUAGUUCUCUUCUUUGACACCAAAAGAACUUGGCAGUGGCUCCCUCGGAACAAACUGCUGCCGAUGGGGAUGGAUGACACGGUAGACAAACUGCGCUUAAUGGAAGGCAAGAAACCCAGUGUUCGCAAGUCUGUACACACUGCAUACGACCGGGCUAUGGUACAUUUAAACCACGUGAGAGGAAAUCUAAACUUCACUCCCUCCAAUUUUAUAUAAACUUUUAGUUUCAAGAUUUUAUCAUCUUAAACAGAUGGUUAUAUGUAUAGAAGCUUCAUCACUGCUCCAACAGUUGGUGAGAUUAGGUUUUCUGCUUAAAACUGUUGCUCUGAUUUAUAAAAUGGAGAGAAAAAGUGCUUGAAGACCUUUUCCUAGAUGGAUUUGUUCAUUUAUUCAUGUAAUUUUUGUAAAAGAUUUUACACAACCACUGUUGCGAUGUGUUCAUAUAAAGUUUUUAUUUUAGGCCAAAGUGAGUCAAGACUUAGGUGAGAAACGUGUAAAUAUUAAAUCGUCAAAGGGAUCGUCUUGAUUCAAAACAUAUUUAGAUAGUAUUUGCCAUUGAAAUGUCACUGUGUUUAAUGAAGUGUUAAAGUCACACUUUAUGUCCACGUCAUAUCUGGACUCCACAGAAGUUUGGCUUUGGAAGAAAAUUUAAAAUUUCUAAUUUUAAGUUGUGUGUGUGUGUGUGUGUGUGUGUGUGUGUGUGUGUGUGUGUGUGUGUGUGUGUGUGUGUGUGUGUGUGUGUGUGUGUGUGUGUGUGUGUGUGUGUAUAUACACAAAAAAUGAGUACAUCAAACCUGCUCAAGCUAGCAUUGACAUUAAAUUUAAAGCUAAACCCACGGUGGACCAUAACUUGUUCUACAUUUGACUCCUACAAUAUGUUUUGGGUGUGUACACCAUUCAUUCAACAAUUCUGAGAAUUGCUCAGUAGAUACAAGAAAAAAAACAAUUUGAAAUGAAUAGAAAUACUGAUACUGGCUGCCAAUGCAAACAUUCUUGGACUUUUAGUCCAGCUAUGAUGUGUUGUAGGUGGGACUUUAGAGGUCUUUACUUAUUUUUCCAUAUUGUGAAACUGUAUUAUGAUAUUAGAAUGUUGGAGUACCCGGUGCAGCUACUUGGUUAGUGAGAUGUGAAGCCACUACAGAUGUGAAGCUGAUUAUUUUGUAGUUGUGACAAAAUCUACUACGAUCACUCACUGAAGAACUUGCAAUUUGUUUGCAAAUCUGGCUAAAAUUACUUGAAAAGCACAAUCGGUCUGUU